AUGCAUGGUAUGGUAGAGCAGCUUAAUGAGCUCGGUGUAAGUAAUGGCUCGGAGCUGGCCUUUCUGCUGGAGCCCAAUGAUGUUAUCGCGGUGCGGGAGAGACCCCUCAUGCUGGACUGCAAGGUGGAGGGCGAGGGUCCCAUCACUGUAUCGUGGCUUAAGAAUGGGGAACCAGUGCCCACAGGACCUGGUACACGGGCCAAAAUUAUGUCCAACGGCACCCUGUUGAUCCGCAGCUUCCAGAAAAGACGAGACGGAGAUGCCACUGACGCUGGGGAAUACCACUGUGCUGCCCAGAAUCGCUUCGGCAUGCUGGUCAGCCGCAAGGCUCGCGUCCAGCUUGCAUCCCUUCCUAAGUUUCACACUCACCCAGAGUCUAUGACAGUGGAGGAAGGAGGAGUGGCGCGUUUCCAGUGCCAGGUGAACAGCAUUCCAGAGGCUAAUAUCACCUGGGAGAAAGACCGCAUGGCCAUAAGCACAUCAGAUAACAGGUUCACUCUUCUCCCCAUGGGCAUCCUGCAGAUCACAGGAACAAAGCGGUCAGAUGCUGGAGUGUACCGCUGUGUAGCCAUCAACAUUGCUAACACUCGCUACAGCCAUGAAGCCCAGCUCAACGUCACUGGUGGAGCUCCACGCAUUUAUAAGGAACCAGUCAUUCUAUCUGGCCCUCAGAACCUCACCAUCACUGUCCAUCAGACUGCCAUUUUGGAGUGCAUUGCCACUGGAAAUCCCAGGCCCAUUGUGUCUUGGAGCAGACUGGAUGGGAGAUCCAUAGGUGUAGAAGGUAUUCAGGUUCUGGGCACAGGGAACCUGAUGAUCUCCGACGUGUCUCUGCAGCACUCCGGAGUGUAUGUUUGUGCUGCCAAUCGACCCGGAACCAGGAUGAGGCGUACGGCUCUGGGCAGACUGGUAGUGCAAGCUCCUCCAGAGUUCCUCCAGUGGCCGCAGUCUGUGUCUAAACCUGCAGGGGGCAGUGCUGUGUUCACCUGUGUAGCUCAAGGAGUUCCUGAACCUCACCUCAUCUGGCUGAGGAACGGCAAGGUCCUCACACCUGGAGAUAACGUUAAACUCACCAACAACAACAGUACCCUAGCAGUUACUCGCAUCACGCCUGAAGAUGAGGCCAUCUAUCAGUGCAUAGCUGAGAACAGUGCAGGAACCAACCAGGCAAGUGCUCGUCUGGCUGUAUCUCUGGCCAAGGAGCUGCCCGACUCUCCUCAGGGCCUGAAGGCCACAGCUCUGUCCAAAACUACCCUGCAGCUCUCCUGGGUCCAGCCUCCGACAGAGGUCACUGACAGCAUCAUUGGAUACGUGCUGCAUAUUCGCAAAAUUGGGGAGCCAGACAGCAAAGAGCUACAAGAAGCUGUCAGCAAGACCACCUAUCAGCAUGACCUUACCAACCUCGAGCCUGCCACCACCUACUCCAUCUACCUGAAGGCCUACUCACCGCUGGGGGCUAGUCAGGAGUCCAGCACUGUCGUUGCUACAACACAAGGGGGCGUUCCCACACCACCUGCGUUUUUCACUAAAGUGGUGAAUGUUACAUCAGUACAAGUCCUGUGGGAGCUGCCCAACAAGCCGGGCAAAGUCGAGGGCUUCAGGCUGUCAUACCGCAGGGUCCCCCAUGGAGAGUUCCAGGGUCCACUUCAGAUGUCCUGCCACACUAAUGCCCACACGAUUGCACAUCUUGAUCCUGGUGCUGUGUAUGAAGUCAAACUCGUGGCCUACAAUGGAAACGGAGAGAGUGACUGCUCCAAGAGACUGGUGUCACUGGCAGAGGAUGGAACCACUGCUAAAACCAGAGCAGAGGAGAGCCAGUGUAACUGCAGGGACAGUGAGGGUUCGUUGGGGGGUAUAGUGGUCGGAGUCCACAUCGGCAUGGCCUGCAUCAUCUUCUGUGUGCUGUUCCUCAUGUUUGGAUACCGCCGCAGUUUCCUCUGCAGGAAGGGCACUCAGGACAGCUGGUCUGUACCUAGAGAAGAGGAUGGAGGACACCAUGCUCAGAGCAAUGGCAUUCCCAAACAUGGAGUGGCGCUCCCAGCCCAAGCCAUCGAACUAGUGUCUCAGGGUCAAAACCAGGCUCACCCUGCGCAGUGCCAGGUCCUCAUAGAGCAGCACUCAGCCAGCCUGCCUGGCACAGGUGCGGGCACUGGCUAG